UCCCCUUGUUGUUAUAUAUAAAUUUGAUUGCAAAACAUAAAAAACCCUUUUAGAUGAAUAUAGCUCUUUUUUUUGUGUGUCCACAUUUCCCUAUUAAUUGAUGUUUUAAUAAGUAUUUUUUUUGUAACCUGUAUUUUUCUUAACAAUUUUGUUUCUUUCACUCAGAGCAUCGGCGUUCUAUCUAAGGUGGGGUUAAACAAAAAAAUACUGUUUAUACUGUAACAUUGGGCUUUUUCUACUCAAACAAAAUCAUAGAACACAAUUCCAGAUCUAUGAAUUUAUUUAGUUGAGUAGUUCUUGUGUAUGUGUAUUUCACCUUCUUAUAUUAUGGUCAUUUCGUUUGAUUUUGGUAGCUUUGUGUGUUUACUGGGACCUGUAUGGACCACACCUGUCAGCUGAACUCACCCAGUGAGUAAUGGUCACACUACACACUAUUAAAAUGCUAUUUCAUUGUGAGGCUAAAACAAACAGCAGUAAAAUAAGGAAUAUGUUCGCAUAUGAGGUAUUAUAGUGAUUUCAUGUUUGUGAUGUGUUAUUAAACAACUUUCGGUCCUGCAAAGGAAUGCAAAGAAGUCUCAGAGGGUUUGUAUAGGCAUGCUUUAGUUUUUUUUUCUGUUUUUCUUUUUUUGCCCUUAACUGUAAUUUACCAUUUGUUUCCCAUAAGACAUUACACUGUUUUCUAUGCUUCUCUUGGUUUGCUUUACCCUUGUGUUAUUCGUUGUAUUUCUUUUUUUGUGGUCUUUAGUGUGUUCUCGUCCUGUCUGAAAUCACGCCGUAUGUUUUCUUACCUUCAGAUUCCUUUGAUGUCUCAGCUUUUAUUUAAAUGCAGCGAUAUUUCUAUUAGAAUUUAUUCUAAACUCCAGUGAGAUAAUAGAAUUAUUACUUGUAUAGGAUACUGUUAAUUCUGCUCCUUAAGUCAUAUUGUUGAUUGUUUUUUUUCCCAGCUUCUUGGUUACAGUUCUUUUCUGAUUGUCUCUGCAUCAUGAAUGAUCAAUAUUUUCAAUAUUCGCAGGCAAUAUUUUCAGACGUAAAGAAAAACUGACUUGGAUUUGCUUUGUAUAUCACAAACAAAAAACAUAUUUUGAUCAUUUGUUAAGGUCAUAAGGUUUUUUUUGCAACAUGAGGAUGAACUCUUUUUUUUAAUAUACACUACAAACACACAUUUCUAUGUUUAUAUGCACAUAUACAAAACCUGAUGAAACAGUUCUUUACUGUGUAUUUUCCAUAGACUCAUCACUUUUCUCAUUUUGCAUAGACAGAUACACACACAAACCCUCAAUUAUGGGGGCUGCACGCAUCAAGCGACGUUUCAGUGCUGUAGUAGACACACCUCUUAAUGAGGAAGAAGUUAUGAACCUGGCUCAGAGUGAUGAUGUCACUGGGGCCUGUACAGGAGAUCUCCCUUCUCCAAAUUGCAAUGGCAAGCUGCUUAACCAAAACAAUGAAGAUCCAGUUAGGCUCCCUGAGCGAAAUGAGGAAGAUGAUGAUAAUGAUGAUGAUGAUCACAAUGAAAGUUAUGGAGGAAGGUGGAGAGGAAGAGAAGGAGGCUGUGGCUUCAUGCUUGAAAGUGUGACUAGAAGAGAAGUUGGUUGGGAGCGAGUUGAAAGAACUUUCUCAGUCUCCCCUUCCUUGUCAACCCCUCUCACUGCCCAAUCUCACUUUCGGCCUCAUAGUCGAUUUGUGGGCAAAGAUGGCCGCUGCAACAUCACUUUUAUCAACAUGAACAAGAAGAGCCAGCGGUACUUCACAGAUCUCUUCACUACCUGCGUUGAUAUUCGCUGGCGUUGGAUGCUGUUGGUCUUCGCUCUCUCAUUCUUGCUCUCCUGGCUUCUGUUUGGAUUGGUCUUCUGGCUCAUUGCAGCUACCCAUGGGGACUUAAAGCCCUUACAACCAUCUUUCAUCACCCCCUCCUCCUCUUCCUCAGCUGCUUCAUCGUCUUCUUGGGCUUUACCAGAGCAAACGGUGGAUCAUUCUGCAGGUUUGCUGGAGCCUGAGGAGCCGCUGGAGCCUGACCACUGUUUUCAGCAGGUGAACAACUUUAUGGCAGCCUUCCUUUUCUCUCUGGAAACACAGACUUCUAUAGGCUAUGGCUUCCGGAGUGUAACAGAGGCCUGCCCCCUGGCGGUGUUUGCUGUCGUUAUGCAGUGCAUUGUGGGCUGCAUCAUCGACGCUUUCAUCAUCGGGGCGGUCAUGGCCAAGAUUGCCAAGCCCAAAAAGCGAAAUGAGACCCUGGUCUUCUCAGAUGUGGCCGUGGUAGCUAUGAGGGAUGGGAAGCUCUGCAUGAUGUGGCGAGUGGGAAACCUGCGCAAAAGUCACUUGGUGGAGGCUCAUGUACGAGCACAGCUGUUGAAGGCAAGGGUGACCCCAGAGGGAGAGUUUUUACCUUUGGACCACAAGGACAUUAAUGUGGGCUUUGACAAAGGAACUGACCGGAUCUUUCUGGUGUCUCCGGUGACCAUUGUGCAUGAGAUUGACGAGGAGAGCCCUUUCUUUGAGAUGGACCGGAGGAUGCUAGAGUCAGAUGAGAACUUGGAGGUCGUGGUCAUUUUAGAGGGCAUGGUUGAAGCCACCGCCAUGACCACACAGUGUCGCUCUUCGUACAUUGCCUCUGAGAUUCUCUGGGGUCACCACUUUGAGCCUGUGCUAUUUGCAAAGAAAUCUGGCUACCAGGUGGACUACUCUUACUUUAACAAGACAUAUGUGGUCCCUGAAACCCCAUCCUGCAGUGCUAAAGAACUAGCUGAGAAGAAGUAUAUCUUGGGCUCCCAUUCCUCUUUCUGCUAUGAGAAUGAAGUGGCUCUGCAGCUCUCCUCCUCUGCUCUUCCCUCCCCCAACACCAUCUCUCCAUCCCCCUCUUCCCCUCCUUCGCCUUUUCUUCUCACUCCUAGAGGAGGCACCUGUACUAAGCAACCCGCAUACACACACUCUCACUCAACACAGGGGUCAAAGGGCACUGGGCGCAGUGGGGAUUUAGGGUUACAGAGAGUGUGAAUAGGGAACAUAGAGAGAGUCAGUGGCAGUCAGUGGCAGUAAGGUUUAAAUAAGACAGGGAGAAAGUUGACACAAAGGAGAAACAUUUCUGACAGGAAACAGAAAAGGGAAAGGAACUGAUUAAUGCCCAGGGGUCAAAAUAAGGAGAAGCAAUAUACGUUAGAGAAAAGUUUUAAAUAGCAGAACUAUUGUCUUGGCUGUGACAGAAAGAAAUAUAAAAAACUUAAAUAAAAAUAUCAACUUAAUUGAAAACAUUUGGUCUGUAUUAGGAGAGUUAGAGAAAGCACAAGAGCACAAGAGUUCUGGAUAAACUAAACAAGUGCAUUUCUCACUUCCAGAUAUUAAGUAUAACUGACUAAGGAUUUGUUCAGGGGUGUCUAAAAAAAAUUGCACAAAAGAUGGAGAUUUGGUUUUGAAACAAACGUUGAAAGGAUUAAAGCAGUUUGGGAGAGUGAGAAAGUGAUGCAUUUGGGGAGGGAUUCAGAGAGUUAUUUUAGGAUGAGGAAGGUUGCAGCACUGCCCCACUUGGCUGACUGGGCUUGGCAAUCUUUCAAAAUCAGUGUCACUUAUGUCUGAGUUCCAGCAGUGGCACAAAUACACAAUAGUGAUCCCUUAUGGCAGUAAUAAGUAACUGCACCUGCGAAUGGAAGCUUAUUUAGAUAACAGGUCAAAGUCAUGUUUCAAAACUGAUGAUGCUGAGACAUGGAAUGCACAAGUCUGUGGGAGAAAACCACAUUUGCACAAUACUGUACACUCACAGGACAGUAUUAUUAAGGAUACAUGGAACAGAAUGAACAGCAAAUGGACAAAAUCAAAACUUUCCAUAGGUGUGCACGGCAGCAUAUAGAGAAAGUUUUAAUGCGCAGCCUCUAUGGACAAGCAACUUAUUUUCUCAUUUACUGAGUUAUUCACUAUUAGCAUGAUGAAGUUUUGCAAGACAAUGUAUUAACACCAAAACUGGUUAGGCAAAGGCAAAGAUGGUUUGUAGGAGUGGUAUAUUCAAUGUCAAAUUGCAUUUUGUUCAGUAUCAUAAUGUUAUGUUCAGGCCAGAUGGGAAAAAGGAACUAAUUACAAUGCUAAUAGCAGAUGUAAAGCUUAACAUGUAAAUUACACUGAAUCUUUGAUACUUACCUUGGGCAAACUAAACAUACUGUAUGUUUAUGCAUGCAAUUAUUUAAUAACUACACAUGAUUUUUAAUUUAGACAAAAUAAAUGAAUGUUGAGAUGUUGCCUGUUGUAAUGAGAAAGCACACUUGAUCUUCAUUCAGGAUAUUAAAAAAUACAACUAUUCAGGGUUUAGCUAAACAACUUUUGCAGAUCUGGCUGACUGCGUUGUUACUUUUUGCACUUCAGUGAAGGACUUUUGUCCAUUUAGAAAUCAAUAAACAGUGUAUAUAAACAUUUACUGCUCUUUUUUUCAACUAUUGUUAUGCUUUGUUACCUUUGGGACUGUUGCUGACGAGGUGGGGAAAUGAACUCUGUUAUACAUUUACUUUUAAAUAUAUUUUGGGUCAAGUAAUUUUGCACCUUUCAUCAAAUGCAGUGUACAAGAACAAGCACUUAAUUCAGUCAACCCUGCAUCUUAUUGUAACAGAGAUUUGCUCAUGUAAUUUCCUCUGCAUUCACACUGUAUAACAAAAUUUACACUGUAUAACAAAAGUAAUUGUAUUUUAGAAUUAAUGCUUGAUUAAAUUUCUAGAUAAAAAGCACUGAACAUGUUUGUUGUCAUGAUAUUUGUUUGUAUUUUACUGUUUAUUUUGUCCUAUGUCUGUUAAUG